UCUCGCCUUCUGGACUCUCUUCUCCUUUGACCCCGAUAUAUCGGAAACGUUACAGAGCAAUCCGAUAAGCCCGAAAUCUGCCGUAUCUUUAAGAUUGUAGGAGUUUUACUAUAAAAGAAUCGAAGCCCAGAUCUCCAUUCAGCUCGCUGCAGUAGCAAGAGCUUGGGAAGUAUCAAGGGCAAUAUAAAAAAAGAAGAGCUGCCAUUGUUCGAAGCAUUUCUUUUAGAUUCACCAAAUUUAGGGCAUAUUGGCCUCCUGAAGUUUUGUAGUGCUUAAUAUAGAUUUGGGCAAUCUUUGGUCCAAUUUUUGGUCUUCUGGGUCACUUUCACUGUUUUCUGGGUCACUUUCACUGUUUCAACCAAUGUACUUUGGAUAAGCAAUUUGAAUAAAUUUUAUUUGACAAGGUGUUUAGAGUUAUUAGUUCAUAAUUCAGUUUUGUGGGGUUCAAUAUUUGCAAAGGUUUCAAUUUCUGCUUGGUGUAUUGGCAUUUCAAUCUGGUAUUUUAAAGGGUUGUUCGGCAAUUUGGUGCACAUCUAGAAUGACUCAGUUUUGUUGCUGUGGAUAGCUCUACUGUGGGUUUUCUUGCUUUCAAGGACGGCAAUUUGUAUUGGAAAGAGAUUAUAUGCUUUAUGAUACAAUGCCAUCAUUGAGAAGAAGUAUGUCAGUAGUGCAGCGAGAUUUUUCUGCGCAAAAUGGUGAAGCAAUCUUUGAUAUUUCUUCUCCACCUAAAUUGCCUCAUAACCGCAAUAACUUAGCUCUUGGGAGAUUGCUGAGAUCAUUUUCAAACUCAUUGGAUUUCCGUGGCAUUUCGUCGCCAAGAAGUAGCUGGCCUAUAGAGAGAUCAAAACCGAAAGGGCUACGCAUGAGAAGGUCCUUCUUCCAUUACUGUCUUUGUUUCAUGCUAGGAAUUUUCAUUAGUUGCACACCCUUCUUGUCGGUAAAUGUCUCCAAGAAUUUGCCAUCUAGACAACAGGCAUUUUCUUUUGAGGAUGAGACAUUGGUUCAUAAUGCUCAACGGAAGAUUGAUUCAUUGGAGAUAGAGAAUCUAUCUAGUGAUAAACCACUACCAAUUGGGACCCAUAGCUUGGAAGCAGUAGAGAAAUUGGAAGUAAAAAGUGAGGUUCUUGGUGAUUCACAUGAGAUACAGUCAGCUUUGAUGACUCCCCCUUCUCAUGAUGUAGAGUUGGUCACUCGUAAACUAUUGAUAAUUGUGACUCCGACAUAUGAGAGGCCAUUUCAAGCAUAUUAUUUGAAUCGGUUGGCUCACACUUUAAGAGUUGUUCCACCUCCUCUUAUUUGGAUAGUUGUGGAAAUGUCUUCACAGUCAACUGAAACAGCAAAGAUCUUGAGGGAAUCUGGGGUUAUGUAUAGACAUCUGGUGUGUAACCUAAACGUAACUGGCACGAGAAAUAGAGAGGUUCAUCAGAGAAACAUUGCACUUUCUCACAUUGUGAAGCAUCAGCUUGAUGGUAUAGUGCAUUUCGCAGAUGAUGAUGCAACGUAUUCAGUUGACCUCUUUGAUCAAAUGCGGCAGAUCAGGCGUUUCGGUGCAUGGCUAAUUGCAGUGCUGAGUGAAAGCAAGAACAAGGUGUUAUUUGAAGGUCCUGUUUGCAACGGCAGUCAAAUAAUCGGAUGGCACACAAAGCAAAGGAGCAAGUUAUCUCGAAGAUUUCAUGUUGAUAUGUCAGGAUUUGCGUUCAAUAGCACUGUACUUUGGGAUCCUAAAAGAUGGCACCGUCCAUCUCUCGAGCCCAUUAGGCUACGUGACAAAUCCAAAGAGGGUUUCCAAGAGAUGACAUUCAUUGAGCAAUUGAUUGAGGAUGAAAGUCAAAUGGAGGGAAUUCCUAGUGACUGUUCUAAGAUCAUGGCGUGGCAUCUAAAUUUGGAAGCUCCUGAACUUCUCAAUCCUAAAGGCUGGUCAGUACAGAAGAAUUUGGAAGUUGUCGCCCCUCUAACAUGAUAUCCAAGUUGUAUCCUCUGCAAUAAUAUAUGAUUAUAUGUCAAUGAAGUUGUCUUCAAGUCGAGAGAUUUUAAGCUAGGCUCUAAAAUUGCUUGUCAAAAUUCAGCAGAAGUUUUCGCAAAAUUUUCGAAUGUUUGAACUUUAAAGUGUCAGGGAUUUGGCUGCCUGAUACAUCAUAGUCAACUGCCCAGGCCGCUACCUCUCCUGAGUUUUGACCAAUCUAUAGCUCCUUCAUCCUCGGAGUUUUCUUAUGAGCAUUUAUGUAUUUCUUUUUCUUCUAGAGUUAUUACCUUUCCCUUUGUUUAGCAAAACAUAUUCUUGUACAGUAUUGAGUUAUUGAGCGGGUGCUCCUAUUAUGCAAAUUCGCAUACGGAGGCAUGUACAAUUUUUUCCUAAGUAAAAUGAUUUUUCUUUC